ACCACCUGUUGGCCCCGUGUAGAUACAUUUCGGAGCAUACAUUUUGUGGCGCGAAUCCGGAGCCAUAUGGCAGCCUAAAUAGCUGGUAUCUGUGUGUUCAAUUAGCCCAACGAGCGCUCAUCAUGUCGGAAAAGUCUUCACGCGGCCAGACCCACUCUCGAUCGGAGUCGCACUCCCAGUCGCAAAGCCAGGCGGCUGCCCAGCUGAAUGCCUCCGGCAGACGUAGCUCCACCCCAUCCGGAGCGAACGGCUCCUCCAACCGCUGCCUGAUUGCCGUGGUUGUCUACCUGGCCCUGUUGCUAGAUAACAUGCUGCUAACCGUAAUUGUGCCCAUCCUGCCGGAUUACUUGGCCAGCCUGGAGCUAGAUUCGUCCUCGCCGGUGGUGGUGCUCGGCCUGGAGGACACAUCCUCGCCAGCCCUGAAGCUCGCCUAUCGGGGUGGGGAAUCCCCAGCCCCCGGCGGUGGCCAUCCCCAGCUGUACAUCUCCAAACACCCCAUCCCCGGCAAAUCAAUGGUCAAUUUCACCCUGUUCCAGUUGUCCACAGAGGCCACCACCACGACUGGCACCUCAUCGACCCCGAGCCAUUCGGGCGGCACUAAUGCCACUGGCAACAGGAGCAGGAAGCUGGCCCCCGGCAAUCCGCCCACCCCCGCCCACGCCCACAACAGCAACAAGGAGCUGACCUUGACGCAGGAGAACGGCUCCAUCGGCCUGCUGCUGGCCAUGAAGGCCUUCGUCCAAUUAAUUUUCAAUCCAAUUGUCGGCAACGCAUCCGGCAAGUUCGGGUACCGCCUUCCCAUUGUGGUCGGCACCUUCUUCCUGUUCAUCUCCUCGCUGGUGUUCACCGUCGGGGAGUCCUACUGGUCACUCCUGGUGGCCCGAGCUGUUCAGGGCGUGGGCUCCGCCUGCAUCAACAUCUGCGGCAUGAGCCUGGUGGCCCAGCACUAUCCGGAGGAGGCACGUCGCUCCAAGGUGAUGGGCAUCAUCCUGGGCAGCAUCGCACUGGGCGUUCUGCUCGGCUAUCCCUUCGGAGGAAUUCUGUAUGACCUGAUGGGGAAGUCGGCGCCCUUCAUCAUUCUAUCCACGCUGAUAUUCCUCAGCCUGGGCCUCCAGCUGCUGACCAUGGAUCUGUCCGUGCAGCCGGAGGUGGUGGUGGAGGAAGCUCCCAAGUGGCGACCCCUGCUCGAGUGCAAAAUGAUCCUGGCCAUUGUGCUGGCCAUUUGGUUCUCCACCUCGACAAUGGCCAUGUUGGAGCCCUGCCUGCCCAUCUGGCUAAUCCAGUAUCUGAAGCCCAACAAGUGGCAGCUGGGCACCGUGUUCAUUCCAGACUCUGUGGGCUACUUUGUGGGCACCAACUUCUUCGGCAGCAUUGCCUAUAAAUAUGGACAGGUCAAGGUGUCCUGCAUCAGUCUGCUGCUCGUGGGGGUGGCCUCAAUAUUGAUACCCAGUGCGACAACGGUUGCUCAACUAUUGAUGCCCCACUUUGCCCUGGGUCUCGGAAUAGGGGUUAUUGAUGCGGCAUUGGUUCCUCUGUUGGCCACCUUCGUGGAUGCCACACUUUCUCAGGAGGAGCAGAGCGAGGGCAGCAGCUCCAUGUCCAGCUACGGCACUGUCUAUGCCAUUCAACAGACAUCGGUUAGCCUGGCAUAUUGCUUGGCUCCUCUGAUUGGUGGUGAGUUGGCCCAGACCUUCGGUUUUGCUUGGCUAAUGCGAAUCGUUGGCAUUUUCAACAUGAUCUAUGGCCCAAUUCUGGUCUACUUGUAUCAGAAAUACGAUCCAAAGGCCCUGAGGGAGCAACAUAAUGAUAUGCUACUACAAAGCAGCGGACGUGGAUCGCGAUAUAAGCAACUAUACAACUCAAUGGAUGUGGAAUAAACAAGUCUGUCCAGUUUCUCAGUAAAUCUCAAGCAAUCUUGAGUGUCCAAAUUAGGCGUUCCUUGGCUCAUUAAAGCAAUAUAUUUGGAGCUGAUUUUUGUAAACCUUUUUUCCUCUUAAAUCCCGAAUCUCCUAUAAUUAAAAUCACUAUAAAAUGUUUCCGAGUAACUUAGGUAAAUAGGAUCCAAUUUUCCGAUUAAAAAUUAUUAAAGAAACUAUUCUUGGGUUUGAGAUUUAAACGGAAAA